AGUCAAACGUGUCUGUCUGGAAUGUCUUGUGCUUUCGGAUCCGGAGCAGACACGUACACACUUCUGCGUCUAAGUCCAAGCGACUAUUAAACUAGGGAGUUACAUCUGUCUGUCUGUCUGUCUUAGGAAAGGGACUCGUUGCCGCCUGUAUUCAAACGUAUCAGAGACCUUCUCAACAUGGCGACCCCGGCUGUAUCUCAUCUGGAGAAAAGGGACAGACAAGGAGAGGAUCGACCACGUGCUCACAAGUGUGGCGAGUGUGACAAGGAGUUUCAUAAACUGUGUAACCUGAAGAAUCACUUGCGGACUCACACUGGCGAGAAACCGUUUAGAUGCGAGGAUUGUGGCAAACAAUUUAGUAUGCUGAGUAAUCUGAAGAGGCAUAUGAGAACCCACACGGGUGAGAAACCGUAUAAGUGUGAUAAGUGUAGCAAACAGUUUAGUGAACAGGGACAUCUAAAGAACCAUAUGAUGACUCAUACUGAUGAGAAACCUUAUAAAUGUGAGGAGUGCAGCAAACAGUUCAGCAAGCUGUGUAAUCUAAAUAGCCAUAUGAGGACUCAUACUGGUGAAAGGCCCUAUAAGUGCGAAGAAUGCAGCAAACAGUUUAGUGAGCUGGGUAGUCUGAAGAGUCACAUGCGGACUCAUACCGGUGAGAGACCCUAUAGGUGUGAUGGAUGCAGCAAACGGUUCAGUGUGCUAUAUAGUUUGAAGCAGCAUAUGAAGACACAUACUGGUGAGAAACCUUACAAAUGUGAGGAGUGCAGCAGACAGUUCAGUGAGCUUGGCCGUCUGAAGCGUCAUAUGUGGACUCAUACCGGUGAGAAACCAUACAGAUGCGAUGAAUGCAACAAACAGUUCCGUGUGCUGUGUAAUCUGAAGCAGCAUAUGAAGACUCAUACUGGACAGAAACCUUACAGAUGUCAGGAGUGCAGUAGGCAGUUCCGUCAGCUGAGUAAUCUGAAGAGUCACAUGCGGACUCAUACCGGUGAGAAGCCCUAUAGGUGCGAUGGAUGCAGCAAACAUUUCAGUGUGCUAUAUAGUCUGAAGCAGCAUAUGAAAACUCAUACUGGUGACAAACCUUACAAAUGUGAGGAGUGCAGCAGGCAGUUUAGUCAGCUUGGCCAUCUGAAGCGUCAUAUGCGGACUCAUACCGGUGAGAAGCCCUAUUGGUGCGAUGAAUGCAGCAAACAGUUCCGUGUGCUCGGUUCUCUGAAGAGCCAUAUGCGGACUCACACCGCUGAGAAACCCUAGUGGUGUAAAGAGUGUAAUAAGGACUUCCAGAUCUCAGACCAUCUCCAGAGUCACAUGCGAACUCACAACUGUUACAGGUUACAGGAAAGUUCCGCUUUUGGGGGUCAGACGAGACAAGAAGAUCGACGAUAAGAGACGAAACAAAGUUUGCUAGUGUAUAGUGUUUCAGUCAACUGACACAAAUUCAAAGCUUCGUCCUAUAAUUUAAUGGCUGAGCUGUUUGAAGCGACAUUUACGUAUAUUGUUGAUAAUUGCAUUUCAUAUCCUCUUACCCGAAGUGGGGAUCAGAACUUCAAUGUGCUCUUUGUGUUGAAACUUGUGAAAAAGUGGUGGUUUCGGCGUGUCGAAGAUUUUUGGCAAAUCAACCAUUCAAAAACC